CCGAGUUUCCCCUUCCCCCGCCUCUACUCCUUUGCCUGCUGUUGCUGCCCACUCCCCUCCUCUUUUACAGGCAAUCAGAGAACCACCUCCAGACUUCUUCUUCUAGGACCUCCGUAGUAACUGUCAACAAAAGACGCCAAUCACAGUCAGCUUUAGUCAGAUCUUUGAAAGCAAAAAGAGAGAAAAGAGAGAGAGAAAGAGAGAGAGAGAAGGAAGGAAGGAAAAAGAAAGAAAGAAAGAAGGAAGGAAGAAAAGAAGGAAAGAAGGAAGAAAAAAGGAAGGAAAGAAAAAGAUAAAAGAAAGAAAGAAAUGCGUUUUAGGACAAGAGGGAAAGGAACACAGCAAACCACAGCGCAAGAAAACUGGGCACACACAGGCUCCCUUGCAUAGAGACAGCAGGUUGUGUCCGACUCUCCGGAGAACGCCGAGCACCUCAGACAGGAACUUUAAACGGAUUGAUAUCUGUUGCCUGUUCUACUAGGAAUAUUGUUUGCAAGGCACAAGGUGUCUUUUGGUAGUGAGUGCCCUCUGCGCAUGCGCAGGUCCAUUCGGGAAUUACUGCCCAGCCACCGACUAAGUUGCAUUCCUUGAAUCUUCGCAGAAAAGACAAUUCUUUCAUCAGAGUUAGUAAUGUGGACAGUACAAAAUCGAGAGAGUUUGGGGCUUCUCUCUUUUCCUGUGAUGGUUGCCAUGGUUUGUUGUGCACACAGCUCCAAUGAGCCCAGCAACAUGUCAUACGUGAAAGAGACAGUGGACCGAUUGCUCAAAGGAUAUGACAUUCGCUUGCGGCCGGACUUUGGAGGGCCCCCGGUGGACGUCGGGAUGCGGAUCGAUGUUGCCAGCAUAGACAUGGUCUCGGAAGUGAACAUGGAUUAUACACUCACCAUGUAUUUCCAACAGUCUUGGAAAGACAAAAGGCUUUCAUAUUCUGGAAUCCCAUUAAAUCUGACCCUUGACAAUAGGGUGGCUGACCAACUCUGGGUGCCAGACACCUACUUUCUCAAUGACAAGAAAUCAUUUGUGCAUGGGGUCACAGUGAAAAACCGAAUGAUCAGGCUGCAUCCUGAUGGAACUGUUCUCUAUGGACUAAGGAUCACAACCACCGCAGCAUGCAUGAUGGAUCUUCGAAGAUACCCUCUGGAUGAGCAAAACUGCACCCUGGAGAUUGAAAGUUAUGGCUAUACCACUGACGACAUCGAGUUUUACUGGAAUGGAGGAGAGGGAGCAGUAACGGGGGUCAAUAAAAUUGAGCUGCCCCAGUUUUCAAUUGUUGACUACAAGAUGGUGUCCAAGAAGGUGGAGUUCACAACAGGGGCAUAUCCACGACUAUCACUAAGUUUUCGUCUCAAGAGAAACAUCGGCUACUUCAUUUUGCAGACCUACAUGCCUUCCACACUGAUUACCAUUCUGUCCUGGGUGUCAUUUUGGAUCAACUAUGAUGCAUCUGCAGCCAGAGUCGCACUAGGAAUCACCACGGUGCUGACAAUGACGACCAUCAGCACUCACCUCAGGGAGACUCUGCCAAAGAUCCCCUACGUCAAGGCAAUCGAUAUCUAUCUCAUGGGGUGUUUCGUGUUUGUGUUCCUGGCUCUCCUGGAAUACGCUUUCGUCAAUUACAUUUUCUUUGGAAAAGGCCCUCAGAAGAAGGGAGCGAGCAAACAAGACCAGAGUGCCAAUGAAAAGAAUAAACUGGAGAUGAACAAGGUCCAGGUCGAUGCCCAUGGCAAUAUUCUCCUCAGCACCCUGGAAAUCAGGAACGAGACCAGCGGCUCCGAGGUGCUCACGGGUGUGAGUGACCCCAAGGCCACCAUGUACUCGUACGACAGUGCCAGCAUCCAGUACCGCAAACCGCUGAGCAGCCGCGAGGGCUUCGGGCGCGGUCUGGACAGGCACGGGGCGCCCGGCAAGGGGCGCAUCCGCAGGCGAGCCUCGCAGCUCAAAGUGAAGAUCCCCGACUUGACGGACGUGAACUCCAUAGACAAGUGGUCCCGAAUGUUUUUCCCCAUCACCUUUUCUCUUUUUAAUGUCGUUUAUUGGCUUUAUUAUGUACACUAAGGUCAAUCUCAUGGUUCGGUUUAGACUACCUUCCUCCUGGCUUACUUUUAAACCCCACAGGUUCCCAACAGCGAUAAUUGCUGAGGUUUUGAGGUAAGAGAUCCAUCCUUACAAUCGGUUUUCAAUCUUGCGUGUCAGUUUCUUAUUAUCACACCAUGUUUACUUCAACAACAAAGGUAUUUUUCUUGUCUACUGUGGUCCAAGUUACUGGCUCUGUAAGAGUUCCAUCAAUUGCUUUGUUUACAAACACAAAGAGAGAGGUAGAUGGAUGAUAGAUAUUGUUGGCAGUCUUUUCUAGUUGCCCUGCAUUUUAUUGGAUUAUUUAAAAAUGAAAGCGUACAGAGGAUCGUGCUGUCUACCUGCACUGUGUUCAGAGCAAACUAUAACCAUCUCAUGCUGCCAAAAAUAAAACAAGAAAAAUAGCAAGAAAAAGCAUAACUUCAGCAGCUCAGAAGAAUAAAGCCAUUGACAAGUUGCAAAUUUCCAGGAAGGGAGGCUCUAGCAUGGACAGUUCCGGUCCACUCUGAGUCCCUUCUAGAAAGGCUUCGCAGCUCUGUGGAAGAGAGACAUCAAAGCUAGUGCUGGUCUUUUUUUCCCCCAAACUCAACACUGCUGUGUCCAUCUGACAAUGACCAUGGAUAAUCCUAAAAAUGUUCCUUUCUGAGACUGUCCAGAUGUUCAAAGUCAGCAGUAGAAUCCAGCCUGAUCUAACUGGCAGUCACUAAGAACAAUUUUCUUCUCAAGAAUAAAGAGUUUGGAGGAUAAUAAAUAGUUUUCUUCCUGCCCUUCAUGGAAAGUAGUUUUGACUGUCCGUUCAUGAGCCUUGGAAUCUCUUGAUGCCAUGAAACCAUGUGAUCAUAUUUCCACAGUUCCUGCUCCACAGAGAAAGAGAGAAAGGAUAUGUGGGAUACAGGUGGUGAGGGCUUUGAAGGAGACAGAGGCCAUUUUUUUUUCCUUGAGAAAAAUUGCUGUUUUCCUGAGGAAGGCAAGACUUACACAUUAGGUAAAGGGAGCCUGGGCAGUUAUCCGCACUGCCAAAUCUUAAGUCAAAUUGUAUGCAGGGUGCAGUGUCUAAUGGCAACAAGCUCAUCACACAGGACUCUCCUGGCACUUUUUGAUUCUGCUCUCUGAGCUCUGCGUUUCAAACUACAAAAUGAAUGGUCCAGGAAAUGCUCAUCCUCCUUGUCAAUGUCUUCCUCCAAAGCCAGAUUUCCGUUUAAGAAAAGCUUUAAAGUUAGCAAAAUCACAGAAGAAAAGAAACUCAAAAUGACAAAACACUGAGCCUUUAGCCAUGCACAAAGCCCCUGAAGUGUGGACCCUGCCCGUCUACACUCAUUAAUCACUGUCAUUAUUGCACUGCCUCAUCUCUGCUCAUGGAUUAUUCUGGGUCGUGAUUCUCAUGACUUUUGAGAAAAGCAACACAAUUCUAAACAUGCUCAACAAGCUACUGUUGAGUUCUUCUCAUUUUAUGUCAUUAAAACCUCAUUUUCUUUCAGCCUGAGUUUGUAAAAUUAUAUAUGUUUAUUUGCAAGGUUGAGUGAGACCACAAAUUGACCAACCAUGGAUGGAAGCCAUUUUGGCACACAAUCCAUGCAUAUGAUGGGGAACUGAAGGACUAAUCAGGAUGACUGCCUCAUUUAAUGGUCUGCCUCUCCUCUGAGAAGAGAAUCAGUUUGCAGCGUAUUGUGAGCUGCUAACCAUUAUAUUCACAUUUGGAAAGGAAAAGCUGGAAUUCCUAUUAAUGAGCCUAAGGGGAGAAUAUGAAAUGUUCAUUUAGAAAGCGAGAGGAAGAGAGAAACCUUAAAUAAGUGAGUGUGGCUGGGUGUAAUAACAUCCAUUAGUAAAAAUAUUAAAAUCCCACUAUACCUAAAAAAAAAAAAAAAAAAAAAAAAAAAAGCACAUCAAAUUCAUGAGGAGUACUGGGAUUUUGAAGACAAAAUUUCAGUUACGUUUUCAGGCAUAUGAGCAUGUUUCCCUGACUGAACUGAACUAUCCUCAGCCUGGUGUUCACAUAAAAAGCUCUACUCAGUUUCCAGCCGGCUGAGAUGCUUUGCCCUGGACAAUGGUUGGACAAAGAAGAAUGAGGUCCUGUCUGCAGUGGGAAGGGGGGGGACCACUAAGCAGUCAUUUAUUUUAAACAUAGAAAGGGAAAUUAGGAGCCUGAUGCUGAACAAAAAAAAAAAAAAAAAAGAUCAUUCUAAUGUCAAAGUUCUUUACAUGGCUUUUUAAGAAGGAACUACUAAAUCAGAGAGAAAGUCUCUACUUAGAUCUUCUCGUAAAGGAUUGUGAUAAUUUGUUUUCAGUACUAUAUUUUCCCUUUUAAAAAUCUGACGUGAUUCUGUUAUAGUUUGAGAUAUAAAGCAUCUUUUUGCAUAACAAAAAAAAACAAACAACAUUUUGGACUCCUACAUCUUAACCUCUUAACAUGUGAAAUGAUUAAGCCUGAACUGCCCACUGGGCUUGAAAUGGUAUGGGGAUCAUAGCCACCAUUAUGCAAAUCAACUGAAUGGCUUUGAUCUCAGGGGCAAUGGAAACCCGCAGCACGGAAAAGCUGUCAUGCUUGUGGGUCAUGAUCUUUGUCCUAACAUCUGAACAUCUCCCAGACUAAUCCAUUCCUCUUUGCUCCCUUACCCAGCCAAGGAGUGACAGGGUAGCACUUUCCUUCUCUUGGUUUUUUUUUCCCUCUCUUCUUGCCCAAAAUGUUGUAAAUAAAACAUAAAAGUCAUGAAAUAGUCUUAAAUGCCCUCACGCUGGCUCCCCUUCUUGAAAGAUUCAGAUUACAUUAUACAAAGGUUAUUCUUUAACUAUUAUUGAGUGGAUUUUCCUUUUGCCCUGAAAAUAGCCGCAGUCCCCUGCAUCAAGGAACAGAAGAAACUGAAAACUGCAGACUCAUUCUCUUAUUCUUCACUGACAUCCAGGGAACCCCACAUUUCACAGUUCAGCUGCAGGACAGAUUGUGUUGAAGACUUGACCUGCUGUGGGCACAACAGACAUCCCACCUUUCACUUGACAACCGUGACAGCACACUCAUCCCUUCUUUUCUUAUUUUUUCCUUGGCUUACAAUAUCAGAUGUUCCUUACACUUAGCAGUUCUGUGUGGUAAAGAUCAUUCUGCUGGAGUGACCCAGGAUCAGUAUCUCCUCCUCCUCUAUUGACAAAUAGAAGCAGCAGCUGGCUCGCAUGCCUGCUGAGUGAAUGAUCUGUGCUUGUGUACACGUCACCUUUAGUGUUCACUAAAGUCAGUGAUGGGUUUUAAAAAGGAGAAAAACGUAGUUCAGGGAAAAAGAGGAAUGAGAGGCUUUAGGGUCCUGAAGAACAGGCUUUCCCUUAAGAACAAGUCAUAGAAAGUUCACAAAAUUCCAUCUUCUUAAAACCAACGACUAUUUUAUGACUAUUCAUUUAGAAAGGGUUUGAUUACCAUCUGCCAAGUUAAACAGAAAGGAUGCAGAUAAUCCUUCCAGACGAGAAUGGUCUCCAAGGUUUCUCAUGCUUGAAAUUUUGGACAAUAUUCUGUCAAAAGGUGACGUGCCACGAUUUGUUUCUUAAAGUCUAAUUGUGUGUCUUAGAAAGGGAUGGAAGGAACGUGCAAUCAUUUGCUCAAGGUGGUUUGAUCAGCAGUUUCUGGGAUGGACAGAAGUGAAAAACAUCCAUGCAUCUGAGAGAAAACACAAAGGCACAUUUGUUAAUGGAAUGUAGAGUACUGUGUAAACUUCCUUGUAAAUUCUGUAUAUAGUUCACUGAACUGUUCCCUGUGGUGUGGUGAUCCUCAAUUUUGGGUGGAUGUUUGAAAAACCUGAGCACUGUAAAUAAUGUAAGCUUAUAAAGCAUUUGCUUUUAUCCAUAACAUGAAUUAGUGAUUUGGGCCCAAACCAGAAUCUCUCCAGCUCUUGCUCUUUCAUGCAUACAGUUGUGUGACGCUGCUGGAAGCCAUAGCCAGGUGUCUGUGAUCACUGCCUCAUGCCUUUACCCAUUGAAAGGGAUAGCAGCUGCCUAGAAGGCUGCCAUCCUGUGAGGCCAAAGAACAGAGCACCAGCAGAAAUGAGAACUGGAGCAAUCUGCUCCUUGAACAGUCAUGAAAAGCAGAUAAGUUGUUUUCAGUCACUGUGGCUAUCAAGAACUGAAAUACUGAUGCUGCUUAAAGGGUCAGGGAUGGAAAGGAUGCUCAAAAUCCACAGGUAACCCAAUAGCUUUAGCUUCUAACUUCUCUUUCACUAUGUUUUCUAGAACUUAGAAUAACAAAAUACAAUACCUAAAUAACUAAUAACAAAUAGAAUAACUAAAAACAAAUAGAAUGGAUGGGUUGGAUCAGGGUGAACGGUAACUAUCCAAAGGAUAGGCAGGUGUACAGGUCAAGACAGUAAAUGUCCUUAGUAGCACUAGGUGGCAGAUAUAUACCUGAAAGAUACAAAGGUAUCUAUGUCCUUACUCUUAAACGUAGAAAAAAAUUUCAGUGUGAACUGAUUGAGAAGACAAACAAGGGUGUUUAACUUGGGGAAGGGUCUGUGUGUGUGUGUGUGUGGUGUGAGCUAGUUGGGUUUGAAGAACCUGGUAAUUCAAUGUUUCCAGAUAGUAUUUCCUCCAAGUCUCCAGGAUGUGGGCUGUAUGCCACAGAAUGUGUUUCCAUACAAACUAGCAUUCCCAAAGGAGAUGAUGACACCAAGAGAAAUUCCGAAUAUCCAAACAAUUGAAGACAGAGGUUGGUUUCUUAGUGUUAGAGGGAAAGGUGGCCUCCUUGAAGGUAAGAUUCCUUGUGUCAUUUAAUGUAUUAGACGAGUACAUUCAGGGAGUCGUUACUUAGCGACAUUUUCAUUCCAAGAUGUGACUUGUCCACCAAAUAAACACACAAAACACACCUUGUUGGAACUAAUCCAUUCUACCAAUUUUCUGGUUAGAACACACCGUGCUUUUACCUUAGCUUUUCUUCAGAUAACAUAUCAGCUAGAAUGGUUGAAAAUGUAAUUGUUGGGAGCUGCAGCAAGCAUUUGAUAGUUCUUUUCAAUAAAAGAAUUACAAAAUAUAAAAUAUUAAGUUCCUAGAAGGGUAAGAAUGGGGUUGUCUGAUUGCUUUGACAUCUCCCAUGGCAGAAACUUCCCAUCAAAACUGAAACAGCAUAACAGGACUUUCUUCUUGUUUUUCUCUUACCUAUUCAGAAGUCUUUGGCAUAUUAAGGGAUGCACAGUAAGGGACUCAGAACCAUUUCUGAUUGGCUCCCAACCUCUUGUGUAUCAUUAAUUUAAUCAAGCAAACGAACAAAAAGUUCCAGUGGGAAUUCAGGUUGGGGGAGUUGAUGCUCCUGAACCAGUUGUGAAGGAAUUCCACUCUCCAGAGCAACGCUACCUUCACAUUCCGUCCUGUGGACAACCAAAACAAGCCAGUUUGCAGGAGAGAGGCCAAACAACCUUGCCUUAGGGAUACAGGGUCUCAGACUCAUCCAUUAAAACAGGUUCAUUCUAAAGCCAAAGGAUAAACAAGAGCAACACUGUUGCCUGGCUCUUGCCUCUUCCCAGGCUUCCCUUUGAGGAGAAACAGGAAAGAGGAGACACUCUCAAAUAUAUUUUUAUAUGUUCAAAUAACUAAACUAUCAUAUGUGAAUUUUACAAUUUCAUUUUUUAUAAAAUAGAUGAACGCCUCUGUGUUAUUCUUUCCCAGCUAUAUACGCAAUGAAAUCAAUUCCUCUAUUUAUGGUCCAUUUCAUUUCUGAAGCUCAUAUGUUAUCUUGUUCAUAUUUAGAUGGUAGCUUCAAUCUUUGGACUUACGUUGUAUUUCUUCAUUUAACUCAUGAACAAUGAAUUAUAAUAAUUCCCAAUUCCUACUCAUAAUGCCUUUAAAAGGUCUUCAGAGGCAAAUCUUUUAAUCAUGGCCUCCACUGAACACCCUUGAAUUAUUAUUUCUGUUCUUUCUGUAAAGAGUACACAUGCUUACAAAAGUCUUAUUUCUCCCAACUUAUUUCAAAAUAUGGUAGAAAUGAAAAUAAAGAACUUAGCAUCAUUGAUGACUACAGUAUCUAUACCAGAACUGAAAGAUCUUAAUAUCAUUUUUAAAAUAUCAAUGUAGUAGUGGAAAUGUAUGCUCAUUUAUGCAUAUCCUCCCUUGCUCUUAACUACAUGGUAUUUAAAUUUUUAGUAUUAUUCUUCCCAGAAUGUCUUAUCACUCAAGUAGCACACCUGUGGUUACAGAUAAUCUUUUAGAAAAACAGACCUAAAUGAGCAUUUCUGUGCCUACAUGUAUGCUUCCUGUGUGUAACCUCACCUACUCCCCACUCAACCAUCCAGCAGAUUCUACACAGUAAGUGCACAAACCAUCAUGCGCUGUACAAUUUCUCACCAGAGAAUUACGUAAGAGGCAUUUCCUCCAUAAAGGAUCUCUAUAGACAGCUCUCUAAACAUAAAGCAUGCAGCGCACACUCUAAUAUUGGAAGGUUAACAGUACGUAGUGAAGAUGGGGGGGUUAGAUAAUGAUGAAAGAGACCUUGGAAUCAGGAUGGGGGCAUGCCUCUGAGUCCCAGGACUGUGACUCUUGAUAUGUCAGCCAGUGACUUCAAGUUCUCUUCCAGAACCGGGCUUCAAAGGUUAUUUUAGAGAGGAUCAUUUUACAUAGGAAUUUAACCAAACCAUGCAGGUGUGCUACAGCUUCACAAAUCUAAUAAUAUUCUUUGUCACAUGUCUUUGAGAGUUGGCCACUUGAUACCAAGUGAAUUGAGUACUAGCUCAUAUUUCCUCCCAACCUCAUCAAAUACACAGUGACACAAACAAGCAGCACAAUUAUUUUACUACUUUUUAUAAUAUUCUAUACUCUUCCAUCAUGGAAGAGUAUCUUUAAGGGACUCUCAGAUAACAUUCAUCCAUGUAAUCUGGUUUCCAUUUGUAAAUCUUUGGAAUGUUAGAUGUUCUUAAACCAUCCUCUGUAACUCAGUCAAGAAAAAGCCAUAAAGCCCUCCUUCAUGGAUGGAGGAUGGACAAUCCACCUUCUAGGCAGUGUCUGAACCCAGAUGCAUUCCAGGCAGCUCCAGUUUUGAACUGCCCAUUUCUCUAUGUUCCUAAAAUGAAGUGAGCAAAUAUAUUUGAACUUUCAAGCUAGAUGCAUCUUGCCAUCUAGAUGAAAGAGACUCUGGGUCUCCAGGUCUUGCUCCCCAUCUUUCUCGCCCCUGUCUUGCCUUUUUCUCCAUCUAUAUCGCUUUACUAAUCAAUUGGUCUGCUAUUUUAAAUACAGCCAUAGCAAAAAAUGAAAGUUUAUUAAACUAUGAUUAGCCUUGUAGUUAUUCUCCAACCAGCAGCCCUCCCAAUCCCAGUCUCUGAACAUGAUCACCAAAAUGAUUUCUGCAAGUAUUCUUAACUUUUACUGUGAUUUUUUUAUAAUUCUCCUGGGAGCCUUGUAAUUGUUGAAAGUCAUUAGGAUACUUUUUCUCCAUACAGUGGAAUGUGUCUGGCUCUGUCAUUUAUGGCUUUAAUCGUGUUCAUGUGUUUCUUCUAUAUCUUGUUUAUUGAAAGAUUUUUAUCAUUUAUUGUAUUGAAUUUUUUAAAAAGAAAAUUGUUAGAAUAAUGCCCAGGAAUACUUUUUUUUCCUGUAUGUCAGCCUAUGAAUGGAAUACCUUUCUUGCAAAAUUAGCUGAGUGUUUUUCUCCCAACUUCAAGCAUCCUUCAAAGAUGAUUCUCCCAAUUGAUGGUAGACUCCUGCUCCUCUUAAAGCAAUGAGGUGAUUGCUUCCACUUCUGCUCUUCUCAUGACGUUCUGAACCUAUAGAUGGAUUCACACCAAACAAUAUCAUUUUUCAGAGGGAGGAAGCACUCAAAGUGUUUAAAUCCUCGCUAACAUAGACAUAUCCGCUGAGAUCCAUUCAGGUGCAAGUGACAAAAGUUGACUCUCACAGGGUCCUUUACAAUCAAAGCUUUAUUAGCUCAUAUAACAGGGUACAAAGAAGUGCCUGGUGUAGAGUGCUCAUUUCAAGAAUAUAAGACCCAAAAUCCUUAUCUGCCUCUCUGAAUAUCAUCAGUACUCAGUACCAGGUUUCACAGACCACUCCAGAUACUCAUGCCGAGGUACAGAAACAGGGUAAGGCCUGAAUUACUUUUUCCAGGCAAGGAACUCUUUCUUCAACUCAGUCCCAGAAGCUGUGCCGUUUGUCCUGUUGGCCAAGGUUGAGUUAGACAUCAUUCCUGAACCUCUGGGAAGUGUGGUUGUCAUGGCUGGCUUACCAAAAAUACCCAGAGCUACGCAACAUAAAAAUCAAAUAAUUUAUCAAUUAAUAACACAAAGGAACUAAGAAUGGCUUUGAGUAGAUAUCCAAAAAUGACUCUGCCAUACAGCCUACACUUUGCUCUACACUCCAGCCCUCUAAAGUUACUAUAUAACAAGGGUCAGAGCACAGCAGCCCAAAGAGCUUACACAGCUCUGAUAGUUACCGGUGACGUGGGUAUUCAUUCCCAGUUUUUUUUUUUUCCCCUGCCUCCAAAGACAAAGUUUCUACCUCUCACACAUGACCUAUAUUUCAUUCCUCUGACCUCAAUAAUACAGGAUUUUGGAGUAGUUCAAAGAUGUGUGAAAACUUGAAAGAAGACAGUUCUCACACCCUAGAAUGAGAUGCUGUGCCCACUACACACUGUUCAGUUUAUUUCUGUCCCUCUCUCCACUUCCGACACAGCAUCCUUUCAUUGUCUAAGGAAAGUGAUGAAGAAAAGCUGGAGCAGCGGCAGCUUCAGCCACACUCCACCCUUUCCGUUCACAUAAUUGUUAUUAGAGAACCAUAGCACCCAGUUUGCCUGAGAUGCCCAUUUGAGUGAAAAAUGGAUGGCUCUAAUUAUGGAAUCUCAGCCACCUGGAGGAUAUGGAAAAUGCCAACAAGUUCAUUGGUAGGGUUUGGAUUCAGUCUCAGAAAAUAUGACUUACCUCCACAUGACCCACUUGCUGCGUCCAGCCAGGCUUCCCCAUUCGUGUCCACUAUGCUUUUCACUGCUUUCUUAAUUAGCUUCUUCAAAAUCAAUCCAUAGACCUACACUACCCUUCACGCUAACAGCCUGGCAUCACCCAAAAUUGUUCUUACAGCUGCACUUCAAGCUUUACACCUUGUGAUCAGUGUCCGGAUGCUCUUCCCCGCCCCAAUGAUAACUUACAGAACAAGCCACCGGCACUCCAAAUAUCCAUCCAAGCACCAAUCUUCAUUCCUUCACCUGCUGGAAUUCCUUCAAUUCUUGUAGCAACUCUGUCCACUGAAACUGUCUGUGUUGUGUGUUUCCACAGUAUCCUUGUAAAUAUUCUACGUAUCAAAAAAAAAAAAAAGUCCUUAAGAAUAAACACAAGACCUUCUAAGUCCUUUGUAGCAUUUCGUGCAUACAAUCUAGCUCUAGCUGACUCCAAGCAGAGUGGCCACUGGGAUUUUUUUUUCUCCACUGACUGUGAGUGAGCCGACACGAUGUUCAUGAUCCCUCCAUUUCACUCCAGCUCCAGCAGGACUGAAUUUUCUACCCUAACUACUUCUGCUUGUUCUUUAUGGAACAAGGAACAUUUUCUUCCACAGCUUCAUUUCUGCCCCUACUAAUCCAUGCCUGCCUUAUUAAAAAAUUUUUGAAUGUAUGUUCUAUGGACGUUUAACGUUGUAAUGGCAUUUCAUUGCUGAUAGAACACUCCAAUGUGAGUCCUUAAGAGAAUAGUCACUGAGGGUACAUUCCCCACUGCUUCUUAGUACAUUGAAAAGCAAGUGAUAGAAACAACCUUCUUGUGAACCUUUUGAUGGUUGACAUUCCUGCUCUGUUGUCAAUGUUUUCAUAAAAGAAACACAGACUUUGCAAACCUAACCUCCCAGUGACAACCAGACACCCCAGUUUUACUAGGUAGUCUAUUUUUCUACAUAUAUUCUCCCCAAUAUGUUGAAUUUCAGUGUUUGGGUUGGGUUUUUUUUUUUUUUUUUCCUUAUUUCUUUUUUAACAAUGCAUUAUUGUCUGAUUUCUUUACCUUUUAAAAAAAUAUUCACUGGAAAAAGCUUGAAAUGUGUUAUGCAGUAGUGCCCCUGAGAUGAUAUUUUUAGAAAAGCCCCUGGGUCAUUCUAAUUCACCUUAGUGAGAAUUGUGUAUCCAAGUGACCUUUUAUAUUCAAAACAUCCACUAUUUUUCUAAGGGAGGGAAUGUUUAUGAUUUUAUACACGUGUGUUUAUUCACUGUUGCUCAGCCCCAUAUUUUAAAAUAAGCCAAUAAUCCUCUUGAUAAAAGCUACCGUGUGACACUUCUAAAAGGUCAAGAUGGCCUGAGGUUUUCGGAAAUUCCCAAUGAUAUAAAUGCUUGCGAGUUCUAAAAAGGCUUUAGCUUUUUAAAAUAAGUUUUUGGUUAUCCCCACCCACGCAGUAUUUUGUGCUGUUGUGAUGGAGGCAUGAUGGAUGCAAUGCUGGUAUGUCAUUUUAGAAUGCUGAGAGGAAUGAAAAGUGGAGUUUAUAGUGCUGUGUGAACGCAAAUCAAACUGUUUUUGAGAGAAAAGCAUCUGGAUUGAACAUGGCUUGCUCGAGAAACUUCUCCCCGCUGUCUAUCAUCUCUGAAAAAAUCCUUUCACUCUUCUUGAAUUUAUCAAAGGGCCUAAAUCUGUGGCACUGGUUUUCCACAACUGUGGCAGGGUGAGGUUGGGGAGAGGCUGGGAACUCAAGUCUCAUUAGGCUAGAGAACACGAAAUGACUAUGCUGUCGGCAGUGAUUCAAACACCUCUUUGGCGAUUACUUCACUGAAAACUUGACUGAAUCCAAAACCUGUCCAAACCUGCCAAACAAGUGUCUGCUACUUUAAUUCAUAGCACUCCGUGUUAAAUGGCUGUGGCUUUCAAAGCAGGUGCUACACGUGCAGGAAGAAACACACACCUUCUCUUGCCUCUCAGACUCCACUAAGCUAAGCUCACCAAGUAUGUCAGCAGACAUUGAGUGGUUUGUUUUUCCUUGCAUUUUUGAGUCUCCACUAAUCAAUUUUGCAAUCUACCCUCCUGCCAAAUAUGAUUUAGCAAACUCGUUACCCUGAUUGGCAUUACAUAGUUCUUGUAAAUAAAAGAAUUCUCUGGUUUUCAGAAGGCAAACUUCUUGCACUGCAAAUAAACAAAUAUUUAAUGAUCUUUUACUCUUUGGCAUAGCCUUUUCUUUCUAACAUAAGCUGGUAAUACUUUUUGUAUACCUAUCAGACCACUAAAAAAAAAACUUAAUGGCAAGGAACAGUAUUUCUGAAAACCUGUAGAAAUUUUUUAAUGAAACGGCACAGGCUAAAACAGAUGCCAAGAAAGGAAAAGAUGGAGUCCUUACUUUUAUAACUCAAGAUUUCUAUUUUGUAUCAAUAUAUGCUGCAUUUUCUGACUGAAAUUGCUGUCUGUCUAACAGGAUAUGUGAUCUUCUGUCGCCUUUUUACAUUUGAAAUCAAAUUUCAUACAGUAAGCUUGUUUGUCCCUUUCUGUUCAGGAUUCAAUUUUAUUUCACUAAUUUCUUUUCAUGUGCUAAAAAGCAAGCGACAUAUGCCUUCAUUAUCUCAAAAGCUAUCUGUGGACAAAAUCCAUGAAGCCUGUAGACUGUGAUUUAUACAAAUAAAAGGAAGAUCUCCCUGUAAACAGUGAAUUUGUGAAUAAGGAAUUGUUCAGUGGCCUCUGACUCCCACCCUUUGUCCCCUCAUGGCCUUCUUUCUAUUCUGAGUCAUCCAUCAAGUAACUGUGUAUUACUGUAAAAUACAAAAUCAAAUAACAUGCUUUCAGGUAUGGACACAAGAGAUGCUAGCGCUCUCAACUUCAGGACUCACAGCUAACCCUUACAGUCACAGGACUGUCCUUCACUCUGUGUUUUUGUUAACAGUGUGGCUUUGCUAUAAAACAUGGUAUUGUUUGCUUUGGUAUACAAAAUUCUAAAAACUGUUGCGGCAAAUGAAAGACAGAUAGCACGUCCAAAAGGCUGGUGUCAGAAACCAUCAGCUCUGCUUGUAACUGUGAAGCUUCUGCAAUGGAAUUUACUGCUGUAAAUAUGUACAAUUUGUCAGCUUAUUUCAAUAAAAAAAAUUUUAAAAAUCAA